AUGGCGUCGACAUUCACCGAGUCUGCCUUCCAGCUGCUACGCCGUGCCGCCGACGACGACAUCGACCCUGACGAGCCGGCCGAAGCGGGACAGAAGGAGAUAUUCUCGUCAUGGGCACUCUUCAUAUUGAUCAUGCUGCUGAUCGCGGCCCUGUUCACGAGUUAUAUCCUGCAGCAGAAAAAGAUCCAAGCUGUCAAUGAGACUGUCAUGUCCAUAUUUGCUGGCAUGGUGGUAGGCUUGACCAUACGAGUAACUCCAGGCACGGCGAUUCAGGACAGCGUCAGUUUCGACUACCAAUUCUUCUUCAAUCUACUCCUGCCGCCAAUCAUUCUUGCGUCCGGCUACGAGCUGCACCAGGCCAACUUCUUCCGCAACAUCGGCAGUAUUCUUACCUUCGCUUUCGCUGGCACAUUCAUAUCUGCCAUGUCACUCGGUCUCAUCUUGUGGGUGUGGACGCGUAUUCCCCUUGAUGGUCUAUCUGUCUCCUUUGUCGAGGCUAUCUCGGUGGGAGCCACCCUCUCGGCCACCGACCCCGUUACCAUCCUUUCCAUCUUCAACCACUAUAAAGUCGAGCCGAAGCUGUACACCGUCAUCUUCGGCGAAUCUAUUCUCAACGACGCCAUCGCCAUCGUCCUCUUCGAGACCGCCCAACGCUACAAACCCGGCGGUGCCGCGGGCAGCAAUCUGAGCAUCAUGUCCCUCUUCGAAGCCAUCGGCAUCUUCCUGCUCGUCUUCUUUGGCUCCCUCUUGAUCGGUGUCCUGGUUGGUAUCGGCACCGCACUGGCGCUCAAAUACACCCUGGUCCGACGUUUCCCGAAAAUCGAAUCCUGCCUCGUCGUUCUCAUCGCCUACGCCUCCUACUUCUUCUCCAAUGGCGUUCACAUGUCGGGCAUCGUCUCCCUCCUUUUCUGCGGCAUCACCUUGAAACAUUACGCCUACUACAAUAUGUCCCGUCGCACACAGCUCACCACCAAAUUUAUCUUCCAAAUCACCGCGCAACUGUCGGAAAAUUUCAUCUUCAUUUACCUAGGCCUCACACUAUUCACCGAGACAGACCUCGAGUUUAAACCCCUCUUCAUCCUCAUCGCCACCAUCGGCAUCUGCGCCGCUCGCUGGUUGGCCGUUUUCCCCCUGUCGAAGGCCAUCAACGCUGUCAUUCGACUGCGCGCCCGCCGCCAAGGUCGCCCCGAUGUCGCGGAUGAGUUGCCCUAUAACUAUCAAGCCAUGCUCUUUUGGGCCGGACUACGUGGAGCUGUUGGCGUCGCGCUCGCCGCCGGUCUGUCGGGCGAGAAUGGCCCCGCUUUGCGUGCCACAGUCCUUGUCGUCGUUGUGUUGACUGUCAUUAUCUUUGGCGGUACCACAGCCCGUAUGCUCGAGAUUCUAAGUAUUCGCACGGGUGUGGUCGAGGAGAUUGACAGCGAUGACGAGUUCGACAUCGAAACCGCCAACGGCGGCACAUACUACAAGCGCAACGGCGUGGCCUUUGGGCACAAUCCUCGCCACUCCAGUAACAUCGGUUUGGAGCACGUCAAUAAUGACCACGUGACUCCAAAGGGCGCCAACGGGACUGCAAGACGUCCUGGCAGAUUGGGGAGUCAGAGCAGGGGUUUCAGCAGCAGCAACAGACACAGUCCGCCAAUCAGGCCGGGCACAAGUCCCGCAGGGACGCAAAGGAAAAAUAGUAAGGGUAAGAUCACCACACAGCGGCAGCGAGAAGAGGAAACACAGCAUGGCCUCUUACUCGACUCCGGCAACGCAUCGUCCGACGAUGAAGGCUUGGACCUAGAUCUGCCGCCGAGCGCGCCACGGCACAUGAGUCCCAUGCCGAGUCUGGGCGACAGAAGUCGCUCUGCACCCGCGGCACACGGCGGUCAGGAUGACGGUGAUCUCGGCACUGGCGCCGGCCCAAGUGCUGCGGGUGUGGUGGCUGGCGGUGGUGGUGCUGGGGGCGGCGGUGUGGCAGGAGGUAUUAGGGAUAUGCUCCGCAACGCCGCGGCGGACCACACGGCGUGGUUCAAGCAGCUGGAUGAAGACUUCAUCAAGCCGACGCUGCUGCUGGAUCAGCACCAGGGCCAGGGGAGGGGAACGCCGGAUGGCACUGGAGGUGGUCAUGGGCCCUGA